GCUUUUCUCAAGCGGGCGGCGCGCGGUUGGUGACGUAAGGUGCCGGCGGCGCGGUGCGGUGCGGUGCAGGCGGCGAGGGCCCUGUUGGUGCACCGGCCGGGCCCGUUCAGCCUGCGAGGCGGAGGCGGCGGCAACGGCAACAACCGUCCCGUCACAGGUUCACUCAGCGACUGGUAGGAGCCAGAAGUCGGUCAAAGUGGGGAAACGGCCGGGACUGCGCGGCGUUGCCCCUGAAAGUAUUUGGAAAGGAUGGCGAAGAAUAAGUCAAAGGCACAGAAACACAAAGAUGUUUUCAAAGUUGCCAACAGCAGAAGUAUAAAAGCCAAAAACAAAACCAAACCUGUAACUACAAGUCUCAAGAAGAUCAAUAUUAUGAACAGUGAAAAAGUCUCUAAAGUGAAUAAAGCAUUUACAGAAGUACAAAAAGAGAUCAAGAACUUAUCCAAAGACACAACUUCAAAGAAACCACUGCAGAUUUCCAGACCUCCACCGGCUGAACAGCUGAAUGUGGAUGCUACAACUCAGUUGUUUUCUCAGUUAUGAAAUUCAGCAAUUGCUUUCAGUGGACGUUAACAUAAGUAUACAGUGGACAGUACACACUAGAGUAUAAAAAGAAUUUUAAUGUUGUAUUCCCAUUUCAACCCUCUAUAUGGUUGAUUUUUCUUUGCAAAUCAAAUGGAGAAUCCUGUCGGCUACACCAGAGGAAAUGAACCAAAUGCAUUUGCAUUCUACAAAUUCAAAUUCAAGAUCUUAUGUCAGUGUUUGGUUUUGACGAAAGCAGGUAUUUGGACAAUCAGUUCACAAAAUUACAUGAUAAAUACUGCAUGUUGCAUAUUUUUGUAUAGCUUUGGAGAAGAUAGGGCAAAUUUGAAUGUUAUUUUUGAGCAAUAAAGUAUGAAAAACUAAA